AUGAGUAUCGACCGGAGAUCCUCGGAGGCCAGUCAGGUAUUUUCAGGUGACUCCGCGGCUUUCUUGCCUAUAUCCAAUGCAGCCUCACCAGUGUCACCACCCAGCAGCGCUGCACCGGGAGUUCGAUCAGUGCUAAUCCGUCUAUACACAUCUCACCUACUCUCAGCAUGGAACUCUCGGAUGUUUGAGUUCGGUGCUGUUUUGUUUUUGGCGUCCAUCUUUCCUGGCACGCUACUCUACGCUUCGAUCUACGCGCUUGUUAGGGCCUUGUCUGCCGUGGCCCUCUCAUCUUGGCUGGGUGCGCUAGUUGACAAGUCGGACCGACUGGUAAUCUUGAGGCAGUCGAUUGUUUGGCAAAGAGUCCCAGUUGCGAUCUCUUGUUUGUGCUUUGUUGCUCUCUCGGCUACGAGCAACUGGAAAGUGGCCCUGAUUCUGUUCGUUGUGCUGGGAUUCUUUGCUUGUCUUGAGAAACUGGCUGUCACUGCAAAUACGGUAGCAGUUGAGCGUGAUUGGGUUAUCGUCAUUUCGGACAGCAUCAAUGUGCCUCGACAAGAAUUAAAUGCGUCGAUGAGACGUAUUGAUCUCUUUUGUAAGCUGAUUGCUCCAGUGUUCAUCUCUCUCGUGGAUAGUUUUUCGACCCGAGUCGCUACUUGGACUGUCCUGGGCUUGAAUGCUGCGUCUGUACUCGUUGAGUACUUUGCCAUCGCUCAGGUAUACAGAUCAGUUCCGAAUUUGAGAAAAGCAACAAUCUCGUCCCAAUGUAGUGGCGAAAACGAGGCAAACCACACUGACCACCGCUCAUGUCAAACAAUAAAGAGCUACUUACGUGGGAGCAUAGCUCCUUGGAAAGAAUAUGUCGCAAGUCCAGUAUUCUUGCCGUCCUUUGCGCUGAGCUUGCUGUACAUGACUGUUCUCUCAUUUGGCGCAACCAUGGUCACAUACCUGCUCCAUAGCGGUUUCAAUCCACUGGAAGUCAGUUGUAUGCGUAUUGGCUCGGUGGUCGCCGAAGUCUCUGGCACAUGGACAGCACCCAUUAUUAUGAAUCGCAUUGGUCCCAUCCGGUCUGGACUGUGGUUCUUGAACUGGCAGUUCUGUUGUGUGGCCGGAGCGGCUUUUGCAUUUGUUCUCUGGGACUCAAACUCCAAGCUAGUUGCAGCAACCCUGAUUAUUGGUGUUGCUCUGAGUCGGAUCGGACUUUGGGGCUUCGACUUGUCGGCACAAUUUUUAGUUCAGGAAAAUAUCGACGAACACUCCCGGGCCAGGUUCUCGGCAGCGGAGAUGGGACUGCAAAAUAUUUUCGAGAUGCUUUCUUUUGCAUCCACCAUCGUGUGGUCUUCUCCUGAACAGUUUCAAUAUCCGGUGAUGAUCAGCGCUGGAGCUGUGUCGAUGGCGGCCGCCUGCUUUGCGGCCUAUGUGCGCAAGGAACGGGGGCACCUACUGCAUCGAUCAAAGUGUUUGGGAGGUGACAAGCCAGGAUACCGACAAAUUAGAACUGCGAAUAGAUCCGCAGCAUAA